AUGAAAACUAUACAACGUGAGAGUUUCGUUCACAAAUAUGGAAAAAUUCUAAAUCUCUUGGCAGUGAAUGUGCAAACAGGGGCCCUCACAGCAUUGGCUCAAGGAAAUCCUUAUCGAUAUACUGGGCAACCACCGAAGUUGGACACAAUUGCUGAAGUGUUGAAGAUCGACAUAAGAGAGUUGGCAAGUACAAAAGAGGAAAAAGGGGCUAUUCAUGGGUUUUCAAGAAAAUAUCUAGAGCAAAAGUGCCAAGAUUUAGCUGAUAAAAAAGAAUGGAGUACUUUUAUAGAUGUUUUGGCCCUCAUUAUCUACGGUAUUGUUAUAUUUCCAAACCUUGAUAACUUUGUAGAUUUUGCUGCCAUAAAUGUAUUCUUAGCUUUUAACAAACAUAAACAAAACCCAGUUCCUGCGGUUCUUGCUGAUGUAUACUACUCUAUGCAUAUGCGACACGAGAAGAAAGGGGGAACAAUUUUAUGUUGUGUUCCAGUGCUGUAUACUUGGUUUGUAUCUCACAUGUUCAAGAAAGGGUAUCAUGUUGGGGUCAAGAGCAAUCGUGAAUGGGCUCAGGGUAUAGCUAGCCUUACUGGAGAUAAAAUUUCAUGGUACUAUAGAGAACAAGAGGUGGAAGAGGAUGAAACCAUAUACUGGGAGGAGCGUUUCAUGGUGUUGCUUGGGCAAUUGAAGAACCAAGAGAUUUAUAAAGAAUUGGAAGAUAAAGGCAAGCAUUGGAAAGAUUGCUUUUCGAAAUUGGCAAUGCUAGCUAAUCAGAUAAAAGCUAUUGAGGGGUAUAAUGUUUAUGGCCUUGAAGCUUUCGAUAUGUGUUUGGUUCCUGAUGUGACUAUCCCUGCCAAAUUCAAGGUUCCUGACUUUGAAAAAUACAAGGGCAACACAUGUCCUAAAAAUCAUCUAACUAUGUAUUGCAGAAAAAUGGCAUCUCAUGCUCAUAACGAUAAACUUCUCAUUCACUUCUUCCAAGACAGUUUGAGUGGGGCAUCGUUAAGUUGGUAUAUGCAUCUUGAGCGAAAUCAAAUUCGUUCAUGGAAGGACCUAGCUGAUGCCUUUUUGAAGCAAUACAGGUACAACGUUGACAUGGCCCCUGAUAGGAUGCAAUUGCAAAAUUCACUGAAAAAUGACAACGAAGCUUUCAAAGAAUACGCACAACGGUGGAGGGAAAUGGCCUCACAAGUAGAACCCCCAUUAUCUGAAAGAGAAAUGGUUGGUAUGUUUAUGGAUACUCUCCCGUCGCCUUUUUUUGACAAGAUGAUUGGGAGUAUGUCAUCAAACUUUUCUGACCUUGUCAUGAUAGGAGAAAGGAUAGAAAGUGGGAUGAGGAGUGGCAAGAUCGUAUGUGCAGCAACUAGCGUGAAACGACCCCAGACGACAUUCACAAAAAAGAAAGAAGGAGACACUAACGCUGUAAUGGUAAACCCCAGAAUCUCUUAUUUUCCACCCAUCAAUUCUUAUCGACCCCCAAUUUUCCAGCCCCCGAUACCACAAAAUCCUUACACCCCUUAUCCAUAUGUGGCCGCAACCACACAAGCUUCAUUCCCUCAAUAUCACCCUUCAAGACCACCUUUUUAUCAACCACCACCUACCGCAUUUUCCCCAGAGGACAAUCCCAACAUAAGGAGCAAUCCUUUGCCAGGCCACGAGAAUGCUUCUGUGAAUGCCAUUGAAGAUGGGAUGGACCAAUAUGCAAUAGAUGAUCAUGUGUUCACCAUGGGCAAACCAAAUGCAAUAAUUGUCGAAACACCAAUCCCGUUUCCUUAUGGAAAUACCAAGGCAGUACCAUGGAAAUACGAAGUCACAUCCCACUUGGCAGAUCAUCAACCAAGUGAUGGUUGUGAACCUAAAGGAACUGAGGUCACUAACAUCUCAGGGAUUGGUGGAAUGACUCGGAGUGGUCGAGUAUACACUCCUGAGCAACUUAGGAAAAAAGAGGUUAAUGGAGAAAAAGGAAAAGAAGAUAUGUAUCAUACCAUAAAAGGACAAGAGAUCAGUAAAAAGACGGUGUCUGAAGAAGAAGCUAGUGAAUUUUUGGAGUUUGUCAAGCAAAGUGAAUAUAAGGUGGUGGAUCAGCUAAACCAGACCCCUUCCAAGAUAUCAGUUCUCUCCUUGUUAUUGAAUUCUGAAGCACAUAGAAGGGCACUGAUGAAAGUUCUAAACGAAGCCCAUGUUACUCGUGAUAUCGCUGUCGAUCAGUUUGAUGGAGUUGUCGGUAACAUCACUGCUAGUAGUUGCUUGAGUUUUAGUGAUAAUGAAUUAUCAGCUGAAGGGACAGAGCAUAAUAAAGCACUGCACAUCUCUAUGAGGUGUCACGAUCACAUUCUUGCACGAGUGCUAGUAGAUAAUGGUUCAUCAUUAAAUGUCAUGCCUAAAUCAACACUGUCAAAGCUAUUUGUUGAGGGAGCCUGUUUGAAGCCUAGUGCUUUGGUAGUGAAAGCGUUUGAUGGAUCUAGAAGACAAGUGAUUGGUGAGAUUGACCUGCCAAUUCAAAUCGGACCCUACAUCUUUGGGAUAACCUUCCAAGUAAUGGAUAUUAAACCGGCGUACAGUUGUCUUUUAGGGAGACCAUGGAUUCAUGCUGCUGGAGCAGUGACAUCCACUCUCCAUCAAAAGCUAAAGUUUACAGUGAACAAUAAGCUGGUAAUAAUAUAUGGGGAAGAAGAUAUGAUAGUAAGUCAUUUAUCUUCUACAGGCUACAUUGAAGACACGGAGGAAGCCAUAGAGACUUUCUUUCAAGCAUUAGAAAUUGCCAAUGUUGUCUUCAUGGGUGAAGGAUAUCGUUUAAAAGAACCAAAACAAUCUACCAUAUCAUUGAAGUCUACCAAAUCCAUGUUAGAAGGAGGAGUUUUUCUCAAUUUGGGGAAGUUGAUAGAAAUACCAGAAAAGAACAAUAGGUACGGGUUGGGAUAUGUACCUACUCAAGCUGAUGAAGAAAAGGCUGCGAAGGAAAAAAGAGAAAACAAGGUGACUCGUCGAGAAAACUGGAUACCGAAUUCACAGAAGAUUCCUAUUUGUGACAUUCGUCAAAAUUUUCAAAGCGCCGGAAUAAUAUAUGCUGAUCAGGUGGCUGUUGCGGAAGAGGAUCAUGGUGAUGAUGAUACCCUCAAGCUAGUGUACCCUUGUCCUCCAAACACCAAUCUCAACAAUUGGAAGAUCAUCGAGUUUGAGGAUUGUGAAGACGAUUGUGAGCUUCCCCCAGAACUAGAAAGCUUAAUUGAACGGGAAGCUAAGAUAAUCCAACCCUAUCAAGAACCUGUUGAGGCGAUCAAUUUAGGGACUGGGCAUGAUAAAAAAGAAGUUAAAGUUGGUAUGUCUAUGAAAGAAAGUGAGCGAGAAAAGUUGGUUAAACUUUUAAUUGAUUAUGUGGAUGUCUUUGCAUGGUCAUAUCAGGAUAUGCCCGGGUUAGAUACUAACAUAGUUGAACACAAGCUACCACUAAAACCUGAAUACACUCCAAUUAAACAGAAGUUGAGAAGGAUGAGACCUGAUAUGUCGCUUAAAAUUAGAGAAGAGGUCAAGAAGCAAUUUGAUGCUGGUUUCUUAGCAGUAGCAAAAUAUCCUCAAUGGGUGGCUAAUAUUGUACCAGUUCCAAAGAAAGAUGGAAAGGUUCGAAUGUGCGUUGAUUAUCGGGAUUUAAAUAAAGCUAGUCCUAAAGAUGAUUUUCCUCUACCUCAUAUUGAUGUCCUAGUGGAUAGCACUGCUCAAUACUCUCUUUUCUCCUUCAUGGAUGGUUUCUCAGGGUACAAUCAAAUCAAGAUGGCUCCCGAAGAUAUGGAAAAAACUACGUUCAUCACACAAUGGGGGACUUUCUGCUAUAAAGUGAUGCCAUUUGGAUUGAAGAAUGCCGGGGCAACCUAUCAAAGAGCAAUGGUAACCUUGUUUCAUGACAUGAUGCAUAAGGAAAUAGAGGUUUACGUGGAUGAUAUGAUCGCAAAAUCUCGAACUGAAGAAGACCAUGUUGUUAACCUUCAAAAGUUAUUUGAGCGACUAAGGAAGUUCAAACUUCGUUUAAACCCUGCUAAAUGCACAUUUGGUGUAAGAUCAGGCAAAUUACUUGGGUUUAUCGUUAGUCAAAAAGGGAUAGAGGUGGACCCAGAUAAAGUAAGAGCAAUACAAGAAAUGCCGGCUCCACGCACUGAAAAAGAAGUUCGUGGCUUUUUGGGUAGAUUGAAUUACAUUGCAAGGUUUAUAUCGCACCUCACCGCUACAUGCGAGCCGAUUUUCAAAUUGUUGCGCAAAGACCAAAAGGUUGAAUGGAAUGAGAAUUGUCAAAAAGCUUUCGAAAAGAUUAAGCAGUACUUAUCAAAACCUCCCAUCCUAGUGCCCCCUGUUCCUGGGAAACCACUUAUUAUGUACUUAACAGUACUUGACGAGUCAAUGGGCUGCGUACUGGGGCAGCAUGAUGAAUCUGGUAGGAAAGAACAUGCUAUUUAUUAUUUGAGCAAAAAGUUCACCAGUUGUGAAACAAGAUAUUCACUACUUGAACGAACAUGUUGCGCAUUGGCAUGGGCUGCUCGUCGGUUGAGACAAUACAUGUUAUGUCAUACAACUUGGUUGGUGUCUAAAAUGGACCCAAUUAAGUACAUCUUUGAGAAACCUGCUCUUACUGGAAGGAUCGCCCGUUGGCAGAUGUUGUUAUCAGAAUACGAUUUGGUAUAUGUUACACAAAAAUCCAUCAAAGGAAGCGCACUAGCAGAGUACUUAGCCCAUCAACCGGUAGAAGAUUAUCAAUCAAUGCAGUGUGAAUUCCCCGAUGAAGACAUAAUGAAUUUAGUUGAAGAGAUUGAAUCAUCUGAUAAAGAAAAGUGGAGGUUGGUGUUUGAUGGUGCUUCUAAUGCGUUAGGGCAUGGAAUUGGAGCCAUUUUGAUUUCUCCAGAAAACCAGUUCACUCCAUUUACGGCUAGGUUGUGUUUUGAUUGUACAAACAAUAUUGCUGAAUAUGAAGCAUGUGUUAUGGGCAUUAAAGCGGCUAUUGAAUCAAAUGUAAAAUUUCUUGAGGUAUAUGGAGACUCAUUGUUGGUCAUCCAUCAGACGAAAGGAGAUUGGGAAACGCGAGAUUCUAAAUUGAUUCCGUAUCACACCCAUAUCAAAGAAUUGACAGAACAAUUUGAGAAGAUUACUUUUCACCAUAUCCCUCGAGAAGAAAACCAGUUAGCUGACGCCUUGGCCACUUUGUCGUCAAUGUUCAAAAUAACCACUAAUCAAGACGUGCCGGUCAUAAAGAUUCAACAAAGAGAUAAACCUGCAUAUUGCUUAUCAAUAGAAGAAGAGUUGGAUGGCAAGCCGUGGUUUUAUGACAUCAAAUCAUAUGUUAAGAAUAAGGAAUAUCCAUUGGGUAUUUCAGAGAACGACAAAAGGGUUUUAAGGAGAUUGUCAAUGAAUUUCUUCUUGAAUGGUGAUGUGCUUUAUAAGAGAAAUCAUGAUAUGGUUCUCCUCAGAUGUGUGGAUAAAGCAGAAGCGGGGAAAAUUAUCCAAGAGGUUCACGAAGGUUCUUUCGGAACUCAUGCAAAUGGGCACACAAUGGCUAGAAAAAUCUUAAGGGCUGGCUACUACUGGUUGACCAUGGAAUCCGACUGCUUUAGUCACGUAAAGAAAUGUCACAAAUGUCAAAUCUAUGCUGAUAAAAUACAUGUACCACCCACUUCUUUGAAUGUUUUAACAUCACCAUGGCCAUUUUCAAUGUGGGGAAUGGAUGUUAUUGGACUCAUCGAGCCUAAGGCUUCAAAUGGACACCGGUUUAUCCUAGUAGCUAUUGAUUAUUUCACAAAAUGGGUUGAAGCCGCUUCUUAUGCCAAUGUGACGAGAAGUGUGGUUGUCAGAUUCAUCAAAAGAGAAUUGAUUUGUCGAUAUGGAUUGCCAAAUAAGAUAAUCACUGAUAACGCGACUAAUCUGAAUAACAAAAUGAUGAAAGAGUUGUGUGAUAAUUUCAAAAUUCAACACCAUAAUUCUUCUCCAUAUCGUCCGAAAAUGAAUGGGGCUGUAGAAGCAGCAAAUAAGAAUAUCAAGAAGAUCAUACAGAAGAUGGUGGAGACAUAUAAGGAUUGGCAUGAAAUGCUUCCCUUUGCAUUACAUGGCUAUAGAACCUCUGUUCGUACCUCAACAGGGGCAACUCCUUUCUCAUUGGUGUAUGGAAUGGAAGCGGUACUUCCCAUCGAAGUCGAAAUUCCCUCAAUCAAAGUCCUGAUGGAAACAAAACUAGAAGAGGCAGAAUGGGUUCAAUCACGAUAUGACCAAUUGAAUCUCAUAGAAGAAAAAAGAAUGAUAGCUUUGUGUCAUGGUCAACUAUAUCAAAAAAGACUCAAAAAAGCUUACGAGAAAAAAGUCCGUCCUCGAGAGUUUCGAGAAGGAGAAUUAGUGUUGAAGAAAAUAUUGCCCAUAAAAAAAGAUUCUCGGGGAAAGUGGACUCCGAACUACGAAGGACCAUAUGUUGUGAAAAAAGCUUUCUCUGGGGGAGCUCUAAUACUCGCAGAAAUGGAUGGAGAUGAGCUUCCACUUCCAGUAAACUCAGAUGCAGUCAAAAAAUAUUAUGCUUAA